AGUGUAGUGAAGUUAAUGAGGGGACUGCUGCACUGCAUGAUCAGACAGGUGGAUAAAGUAGAGUCCUUCAAGUAUAGUCAGAGUACUAAGGAUAGCCUCCAUGCCAAGUACAACACCAAAACUUGUGCCACAGUGGUGGGUGAUGACCAGUGGGGACACCUGCAGUUGGAUGCUACUUCUGUGUACCUGCUCUUUCUAGCACAAAUGACUGCCUCAGGAUUGCAUAUCAUCCACAGCCUAGAUGAAGUCAAUUUUAUACAGAACCUUGUGUUUUACAUUGAAGCUGCAUAUAAAACUGCUGACUUUGGGAUAUGGGAACGUGGAGACAAGACCAACCAAGGCAUCUCAGAAUUGAAUGCGAGUUCUGUUGGAAUGGCCAAGGCAGCCCUGGAAGCACUAGAUGAAUUAGACUUGUUUGGUGUGAAAGGUGGGCCACAAUCAGUUAUCCAUGUUCUGGCUGAUGAAGUACAACACUGCCAGUCAAUCCUAAAUUCACUGCUGCCCCGGGCUUCAACAUCCAAAGAAGUUGAUGCCAGUCUGCUGUCAGUGAUCUCUUUCCCAGCCUUUGCUGUAGAGGACAGCCAUUUGGUAGAGCUCACCAAACAGGAGAUCAUCACCAAGCUUCAGGGUCGUUAUGGUUGCUGUCGUUUUCUACGAGAUGGAUAUAAAACUCCUAAAGAGGAUCCAAAUCGUCUAUACUAUGAACCAGCUGAGCUGAAGUUAUUUGAAAACAUUGAGUGCGAAUGGCCAUUGUUCUGGACAUACUUUAUCCUUGAUGGAGUCUUCAGUGGGAACGCAGAACAG